GCGGUGGCUAUUUGGCAAUUAGGGUUGUCUUAGGGCCAAAGUUCUAAAUCUCCUCUCUCUAUAUAAAAACCUAAAAUUUCUACACCUUGCUCGCUUCUCACGUAAAAGAGCCCUCAAAAAGUAUACUCCCUGCUCUAUCCCACUAUCCGUCACUAGGGCUUUCUUCCUUUCAUCCCAUCAAUGGCCGAGGAGCAGGCGGCGGUGAGAUCCACCGGAAGGGUUGUCAGGUUCAGUGAUAGGAAGGGUUUUGGCUUCAUCAAGCCCGAUGAUGGUGGCGAGGAUCUCUUCGUCCAUCACACUGCUAUCAAAUCCGACGGUGGUUAUCGCUCUCUUGCUGAGGAUGAUGUAGUUGAAUUUACAGUCUCUCUCUCUGCUGAUAAAUACCAAGCUAUUAACGUCACUUCCCCUGGUGGGGGCCCCAUUCAAGCUGCUGCCAAGGGUGGGGAUGGGUUUUCCAAGCGCGGCGGUUUUGGCGGUUCCUGGAACAGGAGGAAUAACGGUAGCGGUUAUGGUGCUAGUGGCGGGGCGGCGGGUUGUUACAACUGUGGCAACCCUGGUCACAUCGCUAGAGAUUGUAAUAAUCGAGGAGGCAGUGAUAGUAAUAAUGGUGGUUGUUUUAAGUGUGGCCAGUCCGGGCAUUUUGCAAGGGACUGUACGCGAGCCAAUAAUGGCGGGGGGAGUGGCAGCGGCAACGGUGCUUGCUUUAACUGCGGAGGGUAUGGACACUUGGCUAGGGAUUGUCGUAAUGAUGGUGGAAACUGCUAUAACUGUGGAGGUUAUGGGCACUUGGCUAGAGAUUGUACUAGUGCUAGGGGAGGUGGUACUGGCAGGUUUGGUAGUAGCGGUGGUGUUAGCAGUGGUGGAUGCUUCAAUUGUGGAAAGGAAGGUCAUUUUGCUAGGGAUUGCCCUAACAACUCCUGAUUGAGGGGAAAAAAGAGUAAUAGUACAUAUUUCUCUUCUUUCUUUCUUUCUUGGUUAUCACUUAUGGGGUUUUGCUUCUUUUGCUUCCCUCACUUUAUACAUAGGAUUGUGCUGAUGCAAGUUGGUAAUCCUCUAUUUAGUAGCGGAAUUUUCUCCAGUUUUGACGAAUAUAUGGUGGUUCGGAUAAAGAAUUAGGCUUUAUUUCAUAACUGUUUGAUAAUUUUCUCAAGGAGCCUUCUCAUUUUUAUCAAGUGUGAAUCAAUUUUUUAUUCUGUUAAAUGCCUACAACUUGUAACGAUGGUGGAAUUGGUGCAUGAUAUGUCGUCGUUAUCAGGAUUUCCAAUUUGGAUAUUGCAUGACUUAAUGGUCAUUGGCUGUCCAACUUCAUUUUGUACGUGUUUGUUCUAUCGCUGAACGGAAGUAAUAUUUUAUUUACAACUUGUGUA